GAAAGAAUGAGUACCCAAUUCUUAUGGUUCGACUUGGGUUAUGUUGCGGCCUCCGCCUAUUUGAUGAUAUCCUUUCCGGAUGACUUAAAGGGUAUGCUCUCUGUCUCGCAGGAUUUGAAGGAUUAUCUUUCCGAUUUUCAAGGUUUAUCGAAACGUGUUGACGAGCUUGAGAACAAGAGUUCUCAGAUGACAAAACUUUUUUCAACUGCUGAUAAGGAUUUGAAGGAUUAUCGUUCCGAGUUUCAAGGUUUAUCGAAACGAGUUGACGAGCUUGAAAACAAAAGUUCUCAAAUGAAAAAACUUUUUUCAGCCGCUGAUAAG